AGGGGGCAGUGAUGCGACGUAAAGGACGCCAACUGCCGGAAAACCCUAAAGAAGAAGAAGAAGAAGAAGAAGAAGAAGUGGUAGAGCGCAACUCUUUAGCUUCAAUCUGCUGCUCUCUCAGAGGAUCACAGGAUCACAGGAUGAUGUCUGCAGAGCAACAUCACAGCGGCUAACACCUCAACAUGCCGAACUAAGGUUCAUGCUCGGGAAAUAGAGCCUCCUGCAGGAGGGAGGAAGUGUGUGCGUGUAUAAGCCUGGGCAGUGACGCACAAGUGAUGGGUCCGAGGAGGAAGGCCUCUAAACUCCAGCCUAUAGUGGGCAGCGCUGGAGGGGAACUGGUCCUGAGACCUAGUGAGCCCAAAGACUACAUCAAUGAGCUGUCCCAUGAAGUCCUCUGUCACAUAUUCAGGUACCUUCCCAUGAAGGACAUCAUGUGUAUGGAGUGUCUGUCCAGAAAGCUUCGGGAAGCUGUAACGCUGUACCUGCGAGUGGUCAAGGUAGUGGAUCUGUGUGCUGGUCGCUGGUGGGAGUACAUGCCUUCAGGCUUUACAGACAGCAGCUUUCUACUCCUUUUGAAGAAGAUGCCAGAUCUGGAGCAGCUGUACGGCCUCCACCCUCGAUACCUGGAGAGGAGACGAGUCCGAGGCUACGAGGCUUUCAGUAUACCCGGAGUCUUGGAGGCACUACAAGCCUGCCCCAAUCUGCUGGGUGUGGAGACGUCCCACCUGGAGCUGGUGGAAGCCAUAUGGAACUACAUGCCCCAGGUUCAUAUACUGGGAAAGUUCCGCAACCGUAACGGGGCUUUUCCCAUUCCUGCUGAGAACAAACUGACCAUCCCCAUAACUGCAAAGAUCCAGACCCUACAUCUAGUGGGUGUGAACGUCCCAGAGAUCCCCUGUGUGUCCAUGCUGCGCCACCUUUACCUGAAGUGGGUCCGUCUCACCAAACCACAGCCGUUCAAGGACUUCCUGUGUGUGAGCCUGAGAACUUUCGUCAUGAGGAACUGUGCGGGGCCGACCAACUCCCUCAAAUACGUUCCCCUGGUUACUGGUUUGGCAUCGGCCCGCAACCUGGAGCAGCUGGAGUUGGUGAGGGUUCCCUUCCUGGGAGGGCUGAUUCAACACGUGGUGGAGGACAGCUGGAGGUCAGGAGGAUUUCGGAACCUCCACACCAUUGUGUUUGGAGCCUGCAAGAACGCUCUGGAAGUGGACUUGGGCUACCUCAUCAUCACCGCUGCUCGCAGGCUCCACGAGCUGCGUAUCCAGCCCUCGCUGACUAAAGACGGAGUCUUCUCAGCUCUCAAAAUGGCCGAACUAGAGUUUCCUCAGUUUGAGACGCUUCAUCUGGGAUACGUGGACGAGUUCCUGCUGCAAUGUAAGAUGAGUCAUUCAGAGCUGGUGAAGUACGGUCUCGCUGAUGUCAUCGAGAACCCGGGCAUCAUCACCGAUAUCGGCAUAAAGGUGGUGAACGAGGUGUUCACUAAUAUUAAAUACCUGCUCAUCUACAACUGUCCUCACCUGCAUAACCCUCACCACUGGAUCACAGAUCAGUCCAGAUGGAGUCGUCUUGUCGAUCUCACUCUGGUUCGGUGUCACGCUAUCAAACUGGAAUCCUUCUCCCAGUUCAUAGAGUUACUGCCCAGUCUGGAGUUUAUCUGUCUGGACCAGAUGUUUAGAGAACCACCCAAGGGCUGUGCCAGGGUGGGCCUGAGUGCAGGAACUGGUAUCGGCGUGUCCUCGGCGCUGGUCAGCAACCAGAACUCCAACAAUGACAAUGACAACAACAACAACCACCACCACCACAACAACAAUGAGGCCAACCUGCCUCCUGCUCCUCCACCUGUCAACAACAACAACAUCAACAACAACAACCAAAGACGGCAGCAGCAGCAGCAGCACAACAAUGCACCAGUGGAGGUAAAUGGGAUGGAGGACGAAGAGGAAGAGGAGGAGGAGGAGGAGGUGUUGUUGGAGGAGGAGAACAUGGAGGCUGAGCCUCGAAUAGAGCUGAAAGGAGCAGAAGGGGCGGUGAGAGUUGAAGAGGGUGACGUCGCUCCGGGGCCCAGUCGUCCAGCUGGAGCACCGCAACCUCCCGAUGAGGAGCAAGCAGGUCCCAGUGGUUUAGUCCAGCAGUGCAGACCAGCCGGCGCUACUGUUCCGAAGCCCCCGCUGGUCAUCUCAGACUCUGACAGUGAGGAAGAGGAAGGCCUUGUUUCAAGGCUAAUGCCAGCUUCCUGUUUGCAGCAGCAAGCUUCCUGUACAGAAGGUAAAGGAAAGACUCCUCUGAGGCGGAGCAACAACGUGGCUGUAUCGGUGGCGGUCUCGGUAGAUCAGACCAAAGCUCAGGUGUCGGAGAGCAGCUGUGAGAAGAGCUGUCAGGUGACCAGCGAACAGAUCAAGGCAGACAUGAAAGCUGCUGCUGAGAACAACAGGAGGACUAGUGCUAAAGGAAUCCCCACUGAGGCUGUGGAGACUACAGCGAGACCUGGGGCCGACGGCGGGACAAUACGGGGUACCGCGAGUGCCGGGGCAACAGCAAGGACUGGAGUGAGACCGUUGGCUGGGUCUGUGGGCAGGGUUGGACCUGGAGCGGCCCCAUCCAGGCAAGUGGGUGGAUGUGGGAGGGUGGUGGUGGGGACAGCCCACAGAGCAACAACAACCACUGACAGAGCGACAGGGACCGGCAGGACUAAUGACAGCACAGAAGGCCCCCCUGGAGCACAGACCGGGGACGGUUGCGCAAGGGAGACCGGAGUGAGGCAGAGUUCCGGUCCUGUCUGUGUGGACAGCUUGGAGCCCAGAGGUGCUGCUGUAAACCAUGCUUCCAGGAGACCAACACUGCUGACCGGACAGGGAGAGAGACAACCUACCCCUGCUGGAUCUGCCUCUGUUACCGGUUCAGGUUCUCAGCAGGGUCAGGCCGGAGACGAGGACUUUGUUCCCAGACGACCUUUGACCCGAUCUUGCACUCGUACGUCCUCUGUAUCCCUGAUAUCUGAGACAGAUCUUUCUAGAGCCAGGCCUCGUGUAGCAGUGAGGAGGAAACGAAUGGCUGACAAAUCAACCAGCACCUCAGACCCGGUCACUGAGGACGACCACGUACAGAUUUUGUCUCUGAAGAGUAAGAACCUGGUGGGCAUCACUCUGACCAACUGUGGAAUCACUGACCUGGUCCUCAAAGACUGCCCCAAGAUGAUGUUCAUUCACGCCACCAGAUGUCGAGUGUUGAAGCAGCUGCGAGUAGAAAGCGCGCCCAUAGUGAACAGGUUCGAUUACGCUCAGUGUAAGAAGCUGGACAUGGAGCAGGUCCUGGAUCAGAUACUGAGGAUGCCUCCUGAGAGGAACCGCAUCAUAUACAUGCGCCCUAUGCACCAGAUCGACUCCGUAGCGUUGGAGCGUCAGCUCUUCCAGGGACCCUAUCCCUAUCACAUCGCUAUAGUGCACGAGUUCAGCAACCCUCCAAAUAUACGCAACAAGGUUCGCAUUCGCAGCUGGAUGGACACCAUAGCCAACAUCAGCCAAGAGUUGAUCAAGUACGAGUUCUUCCCAGAGGCCACCAGGACAGAAGAGGAUGUGAAGCUGUAUCCCAAGUACCCAUGGGGCCGGGACAUUUAUACACUGGAGGGAGUGGUGGAUGGCGCUCCCUACAGCAUGAUAACAGACUUCCCCUGGCUGAGGACUCUGAGAGCAGCCGAUCCCAACAGCUACGCCCGCUACGACUUUGAGGACGACGAAAGCACCACCAUCUACGCGCCCAGGCGUAAAGGCCAGCUGUCAGCCGACAUCUGCAUGGAGACCAUCGGGGAGGAGAUCUCGGAGCGCCGACAGAGCAAAAGAGGAGUGUUUCAGAGAGUGGUGGUCCUUUUCCUCCAUCACUGUGAUACACCGGGAGAACCUGUGGACGAUGACUACAUCUAGACACCAACAAAGACCAUCACAUCAGGAGGGAUCGCAGUGGACGACAGGCCCGCGGCACUGCCUGAGCUUUUAUUUGAAAGAGAGAUGGAGAGAAGCAUAAGUCUGUUUGGAUGAGGUUCACUACAAAUAUCUGACACUGAUUUGCUUAUUAAUUGAGCAAAGUCUUGUAUGAGUGCCCUGGAACCGUAAAUUCUCAAAUAAAAGCAAAGUAAAAGAUCAUUGAGAUGGUGGAAAUUACAGAUCAAGUGGUAAAUUCAGCAAAAGUGCAUUUUCAUUUAGUGAAUGAAGACAUUUUGCUUUCAAUAUGAGGUAGUUAGGAAUAAAGAGCCGUCUCUAAUCUAGUCAAAUAAAGGCCGUCGUCAGCAUAACCCGGUUGUCUGCACAGCUGCUCGUCUCGUCUAUAUGCAGAGAAGGGUUAUGCUGUCGGUCCUACCUUUCACCCGUCCACUGCCACAGUCUGCCUACCUCUGUACCACACAUAACCAAUCACAGACAGAAAUGGCCUUAGACAGAAAUGUCAAAGAAAAUAUGCUUUUUUUAAUUCAGUUUUAAGUUUUCUUCUCUUUUUUUUUCCUUCAACACACAGAAGAGUCGGCGGCUCUGGACGGUGGACGGUACGCGUCUCGGCUUUGCGUUUAUCUCGGCGAGCACUAAAUGGAAGAGAGAUAAAGAGAUGUUCAGUCCGCAUGGAGUUUAAAAAAAAUGGAACAGUUGAUUAACUUCAGUCCUCUUUGCACGUUAGCCCUGUUGGAUAAAGACCGAGAGCCCCACUGCCAGGGAAACUGCUGGAUCAGAUGAACCACAUUGUGCGGCUCACAUUCUCACUCAACCGGCCCGACCUGGACACAAAUCACAAACACUUCCAUGCAAAUACAACGUGUCAUAACGUGGCUUUGUCCUGUUGAGAUGUCGUUGUUAGAGCGGCUGCAAAACUCUACAUCGCCUUUGUUGCAGUCGAUCAGUUCUGAUAAUAUAGAUAGUUCAUCCCUUGUGAGACAUUUCCCAAAAUCUAAGAAUGAACACAUCUGAACCCACGUUUAGCUGCUCUCUAUUGUCAUUAUCAUCAUCAUCAUCAUAAAUUGUCCGGUCCGUAUGUGUUAAAGAGAAAUAUACAACUGUGAGUUCAUUUGCACAAACGGAUGUAUUGAAUGUGCACGCUUAACAUAAACAGGGUGACCACAGGAAACCAGAGUUGUGUUAAAGCGCUGUGUUGAAUUUCAGCCGUCACAGGCGGGAUGUUUCAUAGUACAAGUACAGUGUGUGUGUAUGAUGUUGCCUACUGAACAUAUCUUCCUGGUUUGCUGGUCAAGCAGAUAAUGUGUGACUCUUGUGUUUUGUUAUGUUUGAUCCAUGGCAAGUUAAAAAAAAAAAAGUUUGAAUUCUGAGAAUAAAUGCAGAAUUCUGA